AUGCCGGUGCCUCGAACAGACGUUGGCAACAUGCGUCGUCCAUCAGCAGACUUGAGCGAGCCUUCUCGCAACCUUGAGGAGUCCAACGCGAAGCCCUCUGACGGUGACAUGGACGUUGAAAUAGAUCUUACCAUGCCUCCGAACGAAGAAGACAUGUUAGAACAGGAAACCCGAAUCUACACGCCGCCUCCUCGCAUCGCCGCUCGCUUUUAUCGCCCAACGCAAGCGCGACGACGCGAUUCUGCAGCCUCGUCUCGUCGCAACUCCAUGUCCUCCAUCCACUCCAUUCAUUCGCGAUGCUCAUCUGUCCAUGAUGAAGACCAGAGCAAGCAUGGUGCACACCACCUUCGCCGGAAGUCAUUUCUUGAGGACAGGCGCGCCAGACUCGCCGACCGCGCUGCCCAUGCUGAAAAGGUGCGCGUGAGAGCCGCGCUAGCCAAGGCUGCGCCUCGUGGCCAGCAGUCAGAGGAGAGAGCUCUCGCUGCACACCAAGCUCGCGAGCGGAAUUUGGCUGAGAUUGUAGCAAACUGCGCUGAAGAGGUGCGCAAGGCAAAGCAGGUUGCGGAGCAAACCAAGGAGAAACGGGAGCAAGAGGUAGCAAGGAUGAAGGCCAAGUUGGAGGAACGCAUGGCGGCCGCUCAGAAGCGUAGAGAAGAAUUACUAUCCAAGAGUGUCUCAAGGCGCUCUCGCGGUAGCAGCGGCUCUUUGCGCAAACCCUUGGAUCUCGUCAGCGAGCAGGAGCGGGCUCCUCUUACUGAAGACCAAGCCGCAAAGAUUAUCCAGUCUGGUGUCCGCAAGCUUCUAGGACGCAGACGCAAGGAAGUCAUUAUUGACUUCAACACGUUUGGUUUGAAUGUUGACAUGGUCAAGUCUUCGCCUUUUGACUAUCUUGUGAUGCUCUUCCGCCACGAGAAACUUCUCGAGGCAACGGCAAAGGUCUUGCGCAUUUGUGGACUUCAGGAAGGAGAGGAGGGUUCUGUUACCGAAAUGGCAGCAGUGCGCACGUUCCUGAGCGCCUACAUGAUUCUCGGUCAUCCUCAUCAAGUCUUGAGCAGCAAGACUGACGAUGAACUGGUUGCAGACGACGACAGCACAACUCCUGGGGCACAGCGUUUGCCAUCUCUGGACCUAAGCAAUCCGCAGAUACAGGAACUAAUCACCAAGGCUACUGAAGUUGUACGCAACUUUGAGACAGCCAUUGCAAGUUUGGAGGAUAGUCAGCCUUGCACCGUUGCACAGAGCAAGAAACGAGCUGUGUCGGAAUCAUACGCCGCAUUCUUCAACGCUUUCAUUGCAUGGAAAUCGCGGGAUUCAAACGCACUCAUUGAAGUCAUGCUCAUGCAGUUUGUGGAGCUGGAUGCUAUCUAUCAAACCGUCAAAGAUAGCACCGAUGAUGCGGCUGCUGCAUUGUACAAGCAGAGCAUCCAAGACAGCCAGCUGAUGCUGAUUGUACGCAUCAAGAAGUUGGCCGGGCAGGAGAAGGGCAAAAAGAUGAUUUUCAAGGCUGUUAGCGAAGCAAGAAAGGCUCGCAAAGCUGUUAAGCAAACUGGUGAUCCUCGGCCCCGAGUCGCGGAAAACACACCGGAUGAUACAGCCGCAGCAUCCAGCCUCGUUUCCUCCGAGUCUCACACGCUUACACCCCCAGCAACACCGCUUAAUCGCACUGAGAGCAAACCUGUCGUCUAUAAGUCUGGGCUCAACGGAUUGCUUCCCGAUAAUCGCGUGGUUGUUCAUGAGCUUGCACUGAACAAGGAAUAUCAAAUUCCGGCCUCCGAGUAUGUUGAACAGCAAUCGCUGCUCUCUGCUCCCUUGUAUGCUCAAAUGAGAGCUGCUCUGGAGAGCGAUGAUGAGGAAGCUAGAUUCCGUUUCUUCUUAAUUAUGGCAGCAAAUAUCAAGGAGAAGCUACAGAGGCUAGUUACCAAAGGUAACUCACUGUAUAACUUUAUUGGCGAAGUUCUGGAUUCGGAACUCGCUGAACGCCAGUUCAUCCUCGGCAACUUUUCGUAUGAGAAGUUUUUCGCCGCAAUGGCAUCCCUUCUUCCUAAGCUGUGUGCUCCCAUGCGUGACGAUGAGGUCAAGAAUCUUGUCGAGACACGAUUUGCCAAUGGGACCCUUGUUGACCGAGUUCAAGCCUUGAAUGAAUUUAUUGAUACGAUGCUCUGCGAUUACAUCAAUUACCUAUUGAGGACAGCCGCUCCCAAGCUGAUUGAGUCAGCUGCUCAGUACGAAGCAAAACGAUUCACUCAGGAUGUUGAACAGUUGGGCAUGAAGCUUACAGCCGCAGAAGCGGCGUGGAAAGCUGCUGUGGCCAAGGUUACCGCGGAGGUUCAGAAACGCGAUCCUGAGGGUAUUAACCAUCCCAAGGCGCAACCAACCGCUUCCAGAUUCUACGCACAGCUGCUUGUUGAUGUAUUUACUCAGCCGACGCCUAUUGAUGUCGAGACUAUACCCGAGAUGCUGAGACUAGAUGUGAGUCGCGCCCAGCAAGUCUCGGUUAUGAUCCAGCGGAUUAUCACUGCUGGCGCAGUGCUGCUCCAGUGCAAGAACCUAUUGAAGCGAGAUGUGCGAUCCCAAUGGAAAACGGAAGCGUCUCGGAUCAUGCAGGUGCUUGAAGCAAACCACGCCUCUAUUGAUACUACCAUUUCCGGUACUAUGGCUGCUCUUGAGGCCGGUCGUGCUAUGCCCACAGCUACCAAGACUCAUUUAAAGGCGCUUGUGAGCAAGGUUUUGCAUGCCAGCGUUGACAUGGCCAAGCAGGGCACUGAGCCACGUGAGCCUGUUCUCCGGCUGCUUCUGACCCGACUACGAGGCAACAUCUUGGUUCGACUGGCUCCUGGCUCGGCCAGUGACAAAGUCAAGGCAGCCAACAACGCCGGUGAGAAGCUUGCUGCGCUUGGUCUUUCCGAAUUUGUGGACAGGGUACGCCAGAUAUCAGACUUGUUGGACAAGAUUGGUGGUGUUGACAGGGCUGCCCACAGCGAAUGGUGGGACGCUGUAGCCACCAACGUUCAACAAGACUCCAUGGAGGUGGCAUGA